AUGUCCUUAAUUGACGAGCUGGAGAGCCACUUUUCUGCAACCCCCUACAUGGUGACAGACACAAGCGAGGGAAGCCUGUUCGGAAUCAGGUCCAACGCUUCCACCAAUGCCACUGGUGAUGGCACAUCAGCCACUGGUUCCACGGAGGACAUGAUUGCCAUCUGCACCAUUGGGACAAUCCUCUCCCUCAUGUGUGUGAUUGGGGUGACAGGCAACAUCUACACCCUGCUGGUGAUGUGCCACUACUUGCGGUCAUCGGCCUCCAUGUAUAUUUACAUCAUCAACCUGGCCCUGGCAGACCUGCUCUACCUUCUUACCAUCCCCUUCAUCGUUGGCACCUACUUCAUUCAGAAAUGGUACUUUGGGGACAUUGGCUGUCGCAUCCUCUUCAGCCUGGACUUCCUCACGAUGCACGCCAGCAUCUUCACCCUCACAGUCAUGAGCACGGAGCGGUACUUUGCUGUGCUGAAGCCCCUGGACACAGUGAAAAGGUCCAAGAGUUACCGAAAGGCCAUUGCUGUUGUCAUCUGGCUGGUGUCACUGCUCCUCACUCUCCCAAUGCUCAUCAUGAUCCAGCUGGUGCAAAGGGACAACAAAAGCAUCUGUCUGCCCACUUGGAGCAAGCUGUCCUACAAAGUCUAUCUCACCAUCCUUUUUGGUACCAGCAUCGUGGGUCCAGGGGUAAUCAUUGGCUACCUCUACAUCCGCUUAGCUAAGAUUUACUGGGUGUCACAAACAGCAUCCUUCAAGCAGACCAAGAGGCUGCCAAAUCAAAAGGUGCUCUAUUUAAUCUUUACAAUAGUGCUGGUGUUCUGGGCUUGCUUCUUGCCUUUCUGGAUAUGGCAGCUCCUCUUCCAGUAUUAUGAAUCCUUCCCUGUAUCUCCCAAGGUGAUGAAGAACAUUAAUUAUCUGACAACCUGUCUGACCUACAGCAACAGCUGUAUCAACCCCUUCCUCUACACCCUGCUCACCAAGAACUACAGGGAGUACCUGAAGAACAGGCAGCGUUCCCUUAACAGCAGCAGUGGGUACUUCCAAAGGAGGAAUCGGUUCCAGAGGAUUUCAGGGAGAUCCCUGUCCACGAGCAGUCAGCACUACACAGAGACAUAUGUUCUUGCUCACGCUCCUUUGGCAAACAGCACUGCCUGA